CAGAGRCGAGUGACAUUUGCUUCCAGCCCACAUUGGAAGCUUUCCGCUCACAGGUCCAGCAGACAGAGUCCGUGGAAGUGGAGGAUGAGUGCGUUUUAGGAACGUUGAGCUCGUGCGCAAUGGCGCCGGUGCGCAAACCCUCUCCUGCCUCUCCAGAUUUGCGCUUCAGCAGCAGCAGGUAGACCAAAGCGGAAAGCUUCACUUCACUUUGGGGGUGGACCGGGAGCCGAGCAGAGGAGGAUGGAGGCUCCGCAGAACAACGGCUCCAACUUCACGUCGAACUACACCAACAAGUUCGUGCAGCCGCCGUGGCGCGUCGCCCUCUGGUCGGUCGCUUACAGCGUCGUGCUGGCGGUGGCCGUGUUCGGGAACAUCAUCGUUAUCUGGAUCAUUCUGGCUCACAAGCGGAUGCGCACGGUGACCAACUACUUUCUGCUCAACUUGGCGUUCUCGGACGCGUCCAUGGCCGCGUUUAACACUUUGAUUAACUUUAUCUACGCGACGCACGGGGAGUGGUACUUCGGGGAAGCCUACUGCAAGUUCCACAACUUCUUCCCGGUCACAUCUGUGUUCGCGAGCAUCUACUCGAUGACUGCGAUAGCUGUGGACAGAUACAUGGCCAUCAUUCACCCUCUGAAGCCUCGUCUCUCAGCAAAGGUCACCACAGGGAUCAUCGUCUGUAUCUGGAGUCUGGCCGUGGUUCUGGCCUUCCCUCUGUGCUACUUCUCCACCACCAAAACUCUGCCACGCAGAACCAUCUGCUACGUGGACUGGCCUCGCAUGGCUGAUGACCCCAUCAUGUAUCAUAUCAUAGUGACAGCUCUGGUCUACGUGUUACCCUUAGUGGUGAUGGGCAUCACUUACACCAUUGUGGGGGUAACUCUGUGGGGGGGUGAGAUUCCUGGAGACACAUCYGAUAACUACCACGGACAGCUCAGAGCUAAAAGAAAGGUGGUAAAGAUGAUGAUCAUUGUGGUGGUGACCUUUGCCCUCUGCUGGCUGCCGUACCACGUCUACUUCAUCGURAUUGGUUUCAACAAGCGUCUGAUGAAGUGGAAGUACAUCCAGCAGGUUUACYUGUCAGUGCUGUGGUUGGCCAUGAGCUCCACCAUGUACAACCCCAUCAUCUACUGCUGCCUCAACAGCAGAUUUCGAGCCGGCUUCAAGAGGGUGUUCCGCUGGUGCCCAUUCAUCAAGGUGUCCACCUAUGACGAGCUGGAACUACGCUCCACGCGGCUGCACCCGACCCGCCAGAGCAGCAUGUACACGCUGACGCGAAUGGAUACCACCAUGGUUGUAGUUUACGACCCCGCUGAGGGCAACGGCAGCGCUGGAGGAAGAAAGCACUCCUUGUCUUCCAGGAAGAGAAGCUACGUCACCGCUCGCCACUCUGAGGUUAACGACAGCGGGGCAAAAAUACAAAACGGAGUGGCACCAAAGGCUGAAGUUGAAGAAUUCUCUUAAAGAGUGUUAUGGACUUGCACAAAGCACUGUACAUACAAAUAAAACACAUUAAUCGUUUAGCCGGAGCAUUUGAAGACGAUGCACAAUCAAAAUUAAUUUGCCUUUUUUUCAACCAAACAUUCUGUUUGUUUGUUUUUUUUUUCUUUAAAUUAUAGAUUUACAUUUCUGUAGGCAUGGUGAGACCCAAAUAAAGAAAAGUUAGUCCAAAAACAAAGCAUAAUUCUGAUUAUGCAGUCUGUUAAAAGCAUUGAGCUGAGUGUGGUACAGAGGAUGGAUUGCAUCUAUUUACCCCGUGGCCAUGAACAAGAGUCAUCAAUGGAAAAACUGYUGAUUGAACUCUGUUUGGCCUCAUGAGUGGCUCCAAACUUGGUUCUCGGUUAUGUAAGUAUUAUAUGGAAUAUGUCAAGCUGGCUGGCAACAAGCCAAAGGCAAAAAAAAAAAAAAGAUUUAUUUACAGCUCGUCAGUAAAUAGKCUGCACUAAAAGCUCUGUGAAAGAACACCAACAAAUCUGUUUACCUUUUUUUUCUUUGAAGGAAAAGAAAACAAGUUGCACAUUUCAAUGCCUUUAUACAGCAAACUGUCAGAGAGUCAGCCAGCCUUCUGUUUGAGGUUUUAGAUGAACUAACCUCUGCAAACAUCAGCAGAGUAAAGAAAUGUGUCRUACUGGAUCAAUAGUGUACAAAAUACAGAAAAAACAUCAAUAUUGAUAGCAAACAUUUUCUAUUUUUGUUUGUGUAUGUUGUACGAAAUUGACUGUUCCCACCAACAUGUCUUAUUCUAAUUAAGUUAAAAAAAAACAUGAAUGAAAGGAAAUGUCAACUUUUUUUUCAGGUUUCAUCUCUCAGCCGCAGCUCUUAAAUUUAACAACCUUAUAUGGCACUUUUUCUUUCUAAUUCUCUCAUUUUGGCACAAUUACCAACCUGGCAAAAAUUCCCUGUUAUCAAAUGAGUAGUGGAGCGCCCCCUGUUGGGCCCCAAAGGACAUGCUGGUUCAGAAGCAAUGAUUAAGUAUAAUAAGAAUAAAAAUAAACUAAAAUCA